AUUUUGAACUGGAUCGCAGCCGCAGCUGGACUUUGUUUUGGGAGUGUUGUUUUUCUCUUCGCUGAAUGAAUUCGUGUUACAAAUAAUUGUUGUUCCUUAAGUUCCUUCAUGAAAAAAACAAACAAUUCUUAUGAAAAAAAACUAAACUUGAGGUAGCACAAGUUCACCGACCCAAGCAAAGCGAGCGAGAGAGGGAGAGAGAGCAGGACACUUUUUAUUUAAAAAUGAACUCGGACGAUAUAAUUUAUAUAGUUUUGCUUCUAUUUGCCAUUGGAUUUGGACACAUUUUACGGCAAAUUGAGGACCCACUGCAAAGAAAAUGGGCUGCCUCUGCGGUUGGAUUCAUGAUAAUGCUGAUUCCUUCGGGUCUUCACAUUGUCCACCCUAUCAUCUGCAUUGUGGUCAAUGCAGCUUUUAUCGUCUACGGUGACAAAAUGAAGUGUCAUUUAUACAGUUUUGCGUUUACGUUCAUCUACUUGGCUUUCUUCCGUACAACAGUUUACUUUGGAAUCUCAUAUCCUCCAGGUCACACAAACUUAAUUCAAAUGAUGCUUACAUUAAAGUUGGUUGGACUAGCUUUUGAGGUUCACGACACACAGAAGGCCAUGAAGAGUUCUAAAGACAAACACGAAUUUCUCAGAGUCCAGCCAGACCUGGCCGACGUUUUUCACUACUCGUUUUGCUACAUUGGUGUCCUGGCAGGGCCAUUUUAUAGAUACAGGACUUACUAUGACCUGAUGCACGGCUCGUACUGGAAGAACGUCAACUGCACUCAACAUAUGCUCAAGCGAGUAAUUAUUGCUCCGAUGGCAGCAUUCACCUUUUAUGUUCUAUCUCAAAUGUAUCCGUGGGAUUAUGGACUGUCCGACGAAUUUGUUUACGAACGAUCCCUGGUGUACAGGAUUUUGUACAUGCUUCCAUCAUUUGUUACAUUUCGCAUGAGAAUCAUGACUGGCAUGAUUUUGUCAGAGUGUGCCUGCAUAAUGGCUGGCCUCGGCGCUUAUCCUGUUAGUACAAGACCCAGAACUGGCACUGGUCCUCAGGAUUACACCAAACUUUUGGAACUCGAUGAACAUCCUCAACAACUUAAAAAGGAAGAGUACAAUUUUGCCACUGUCUACAACGUUGAGCCUUGGGGUGUAGAAUUUUCACCCACCGUAAGGGAAGGAAUGCACUGUUGGAAUACAACUGUACAAUAUUGGCUGGCAAUUAAUGUCUACAAACGAGUUACCAACAAAAGUUUUAGAACUGCAGCCACUAUGUUCAUUUCGUCAUAUUGGCAUGGUGUUUACAUUGGAUAUUACCUGUGCUUAGGAUCUGUUCCCUUCUAUCUUCCCGUAGAAGAUAUUUAUGACAAACUGUAUCGACAGCCAUACACGGGAGCGAAGCGAAAAAUCAUCAACUGGAUUUUCUGGAUUCCAAGAGUUUUUGCAUUUUCAUACAUGUCCUUGCCAUUCAUUUACCUCUAUCCAGAUAAAAUUAUUAGAAACUGGGGAGCUAUUUAUUUUAUGGGCCAUGUCGUCAGCAUAUUGGCAUAUAUAAUUGGAAUUGGGCUUAGAAAAAUUUAUAGAAAAUCAAGUAGUGACCCUCAUCAUAAGGAUUCUAAUCGUGAAAAAGUGCAUAGCAAAGCAGAAUAAAUUUCCUUGUCACAUUGUUCCUGAAUUGUUCUCUAUUUUUUUCAUUUUAAUAAGAUUUUAUGUUCAUGCAUGGCAUGGAAGUUACAUUAGAUUUUCCCCCCUAACAAAUUAAAAUUGGAUAUCUUUAAUUGUUGUUGAUUUAAAUGAGUAAAAUUUAAUAAACAGAGGCUGGUUCUUAA